CAUCAUCGUCGCCCAUCGCCUCAAGCCUCUGCUCUGAUCGAUAGCUCUCUUGCCUGCGAGGCUAUCUUGUAACGGAAGCUUUGGGCUGCUCGCGCCAGGGGUGAGAAGUACUGUACUCCCAAACGAAGCGCGAUGCUCUCCGAUUCCGAGAGUGACACUUCUGAGCGUUCCAGUCAAUGGGACUCUCCUGAAUCCGUGUUCCCCAUCAACAACCUCCCUACGGAAUUAUUAGGAACGAUCUUUGUCCACGUCUGUGAAGACGAACCGCUGGUCCUUCCUAUCCCAUUCAGCUUGUAUGAAGAUCCCCCUUGUCCUGCUCUCGUGAUCAGCUGGGUUUGUCGCGACUGGCGCUUCAUUGCACUCUCCACCCACGAGAUAUGGGCCCCGCCCAUCAUACUCGAUCUCCAGCAGAUCGACCAGGCAGAAGACGACGAAGUUAUAGGUGGACGGUCUAUUUCCAUUCUCCUACAUUACCUCGAAAACUCUGCGGCAUUGCCCCUCCCGCGAGUCGAUGUGCUCUCUGUCUGGAACCUCGCCAAGACGUCGGCAGCCCAUUCCCCCAUACGACUGCUAGGUAUGAUCGUCCAAGCUAUCGCCCGCUGGAAGUCAUGCGCGCUUCACGGUGUAGUCGCACAUAUUCUGUGCCAGCUUCCGCAUGUGCCCGACAGCGACCUUCUCGAACGGCUGGAGGUCACAACAUACGCGCGAGGUGAUCUGGACAGCGACUACUUCGUCCGCGCGCCGCGUCUACACAGUUACACAGGACCACUCGCCCCUCUGCCGUGGGCCCGGCUGAGAGACGUAGAAAUCACGGAGUUCUCCACAUGGGCUAUCAUCUCACAAGUCCUGACUGCCUCAUCAUUGCUCGUCAACUUACGCGUGCAUCUUCGGCACGAUCCUCUCUUCUCGGGCGUGGCAACUCUGACGCUUCCGCACUUGGAAGAAACCACCUUCGUAAUUGGCAGCCCCGAAAUUCUGGGACAUAUCUUCGGCUCGUUGAUAACACCGAAUAUGAGAUCUCUGGAAUUGGGUGGUGUGGACAACCCCGGCCCCGAUGCCUUACCAGGUUCGGUGCGUCGGAAGCUCGAGAUGGAAAGCUGGCCAUUGGUAGAAUUCGCCGACUGGCUUGAUCGCUCGAAGUGUAGCCUCGACGCCCUCGCUCUGCACACAAUUGCCAUGCCUAGGGCGCAUGUGACAUCCAUCUUGGAGUGUCUGCCCUCGCUCACAUCCUUCUCGAUCGACGAGGACUACCGUCAAAUACCUGCUGGUGCUGCAUCCACAUACUCCUCCAUCGAUGAUGACCUCCUAUGCCGUUUGACCGCAAUGAAUGAGACUGCACCGUCUCUCCUGCCUCGAUUGAAAAAGCUGUCAAUCAAGGGGGUACUUCGAUUCAGCCACACUAUGCUGGUGGAUAUGGUCAAAUCACGCUUGCCAUCAGGUCUCGAAUAUCUGGAUAUCUUUGGCGGAUUGUACUCGAAGCCAGAGGAUGUAGAUGAGGAUACCAGGGCGCAGCUACGGCUUGCUAUGGGUGACCAGUGCUUUAUGCAGUUCGAUGUGCGGUCAUCGACUCAAUGGAUGGACUUUGAGUUUUUAGAUAGUGAUAGAUUCGAUACUAUACUCCAAACGCUAGGGGUAUUACCACCUGCUUAGCCUUUCAGAUAUAGGACAAUACUUGCUACUCGUACCUGUACAUUUCUUUUUGUGUUAUCGAAACAUCAUC